AUGUCCUCAAACUUGACCGAAGAACAAAUUGCAGAAUUUAAGGAGGCUUUCGCCCUAUUCGACAAAGAUAACAACGGAUCCAUUUCAUCUAGCGAAUUAGCUACUGUAAUGAGAUCCUUAGGUUUAUCACCAAGUGAAGCUGAAGUUGCUGAUCUGAUGAAUGAAAUCGAUGUUGAUGGAAACCAUAAGAUUGAAUUCAGUGAAUUUUUGGCUUUGAUGUCGCGUCAAAUGAAAUCUAAUGAUUCUGAACAAGAGUUAUUAGAAGCCUUUAAAGUUUUUGAUAAGAACGGUGAUGGGUUAAUUUCUGCUGCUGAAUUGAAACAUGUCUUGACUUCCAUCGGUGAAAAGUUGACUGACGCUGAAGUGGAUGAGAUGUUAAGAGAAGUUAGUGAUGGCUCUGGUGAGAUUAAUAUUCAACAAUUUGCUGCUUUAUUAUCUAAAUAA